UUCCUUCAUGCAAUCAGGAGGGAAGGAGAUGUUGGUGGCAACCGGAUCCCAGGAUACAUAUGUGCGGCUGUGGAGGAUACGAGUCGUGGAGGAGAAUAGAGGCGAUCGAGGGGAAAUCCUCACCUCAAAGAAAGAUACAUUUGCCAUUAACAUGGAUGAAAUAUGUAGAUGGGAGGUGGAGUUGGAAUCUGUGUUGGCUGGUCAUGAGAACUGGGUCUAUGGCCUCCACUGGGCACAUCCUCUGCCGUCUCAAUGCCCUCGACUCCUGAGUGGAUCCAUGGAUAAGACGCUGAUCGUCUGGGAGACGAACGAGGAGAUGGGAGGGCUUUGGAUGGAAAAAGUUCGCGUCGGAGACGUCGGUGGCCAUUCCCUCGGAUUUCUCACCGCCCGCUUCUCUCCUUCGGCCGAUUCCAUCCUGGCGCAAGCCUAUCAAGGGGCGUUUCACCGAUGGUCUCUCGGAUCGUGCCGUACCGUCUCGUAUGAUGCGACUGCCGCGUGGCACGGAUGCGGUAGGCUCGUGAUGCCGCGAGAGAGCUCCCCCAACCGUACCCUCUCCUCGGUGUGCGACGGGAUGAAUCCCCGAAGCGAGAAAGUGAGCCACGUCAUCGCUCUCGCGUAG